UGGGGGAAGGACGACGCGACGCUUCGCGAGACGCGCGCGCUCGGCGAAAACGUGGGAUACGUCGUGGCAAAUUUUAGCGCCGAGAUGCGAUACAAGGGGUACGAUAAGAUUGGUCGUGGUCGAGUGCGAGGCGCGCGCGCGGUGGCGGUGCAAUCCGAGAUGCUCUCGUCGACGUUGGUGCGCCGAGCGCGUCGAGCGGGAUUGGCCGUGCACGUGUGGACGGUGAACGACGAGGAGCGGAUGCGACGCACCCUGAAUCACGGCGUCGACGGCAUACUUACCGAUCGACCGAUGGUUCUGCGUGAUCUCAUCGCGUCGUUACGCGCGCGUUGUACAAAUCACUAG